AAGACAAUCUCAUCAAAUCAAAUCAUAUCAAAACACACUUUAACUUCCUUUUAAUCAAAACAAUCUAACAAAUUAUAUAACAAUGGCCGCUUCCAGCAACCGCUCAAUCCUCUUGUCGAUGAUGGCAUUAUUGGCCAUAUCAAGCAUCACUACAAGUCAUGCUGCUCGUAGCCUACUGCAACUUCCUAACUUGCCUACAAUCCCUUCAUUGCCUCAGCCGACAGUGCCAAAAUUGCCCACUAUACCAAACUUGCCAACAGCAGUCACAUUGCCACCAUUGCCAAGCGUUGCAUCGUUGCCAACACUUCCAACAGCUAACACACCUUUACCUUCUUUGCCAACAUUGCCCUCUGUGCCUAAGAUGACUCUGCCACCAAUGCCUGCCAGCAUUCCUCUACCCAACAUGCCAUCCCUUCCAAACAUUCCCGCAAUUCCAAAUAUUAUUCCUACAAAUUCACCUCCUCCAUCCAACUAAAUACUAAUCUCGCAGCUUCCAACCACAUUAUAUUUACCUAUGUACCCAAUAGAUCACUACCACAUUUUAUUUUUUUGCUUUUCCUUGGCAUCUUAAUCUUUAUGUGAUUCUUGACAAUGUAUUGUAUCAUAUUAUAUUCUCCAAAUUCUAUACAUUGAUUGUCAUUUGCGUUGAUACAA